UCAUUAUGAUGAUUUUAAGUAUUAGUCUUGGAUUUAGAUUUAAAACUUCUAUAGCGAAGACUUGGGGAAAAAGGAAGUCUUUACCAAAUGAUUUUCUUAUGCAUUUGCAGGUGUUGACCAUAGCAAUUAUUCCAAGUAACUGCCAUGCAUUUUCUACCAAUAUUUGAUAGAGACAGCUAGAGGGAGGCUUGUAAUUUAUAUAAAUCGACUGUUGCUUCCCUUCAUCUUCCUAAUAGACUUGUUUUGUUCUUCUUGUUAAAGGUUCUUCGGCCCCUCUUCAAUUGUUAUACUGACAUGACGGUAACAGAGAUGCGAGUCCAUAUGGACUGUCCGGGAUGUGAGAAACAAGUGAGGAAAGCCCUCCAAAAUCUAGAAGGUGUGGAUGAUGUGAUAAUAGAUUUGCACACACAAAAGGUGACUGUAAUGGGAUGGGCAAAACAAAAGAAGAUUCUGAAGGCAGUGCGGCGGAAUGGGCGGACGGCGGAGCUGUGGCCGUACCCUUACAACCCUCAAUACCAUGGCUUCCUCCACCACUACCAGCAUUACCUCCAAUCUCCUCAGCAUCACCUUAACUCUCCUCAGCAUCACCUUAACUCUCCUCAGCAUCACCAUCACCCUCACCCUCAGUCACAAACUAAACCAAUCAUCACAUACAAUUCACUGCCAUCUUCCUCGCACAAGCACAACAUGAGUCCAAUACAUGAGUAUAAUAGCUACAACUACAACGGCGGUGGUGCCGACUAUGGACAUUAUUAUCAAGAGCCACCACUUACGAUGAUUGAUGAAGAAGCUACUGCCAUGUUCAGUGAUGAGAACCCACAUUCUUGUGUUGUCAUGUGAUGUAAGUAAAUUGUAAAUUAUACUACGGUCAUAUAGUUAGAGUUUGUUUGGGAUAACUUUCUAAGUGCUUAUUGUUUGUAAGCACUUAAAAAGUCAUUCUGUACAUGUCCUUGUUUAGAGUUUGGACAUUUCAAUUUUCUCUCUUGUACCCGUAUGGAUGUGUUUUGUAUUAUAUGUAUGUGUACAAAUGUGUAUUUAAGUUUUCUCUUUGUCCAUUAUAAA